CUGACAGCUGUAAUCAUGAAAAUGGAAAAAUUUAGAUAAAUUAAAUUAAACUCAUCUCUGAAUGUUCACCUUCAAAGAUGGCAAAUAAUUUAAAAAUCAAUAGAUCGACAAGUAAAUAAAUAAACUUAUAAUUGUAUAAAUGUAUAUUUAUCUAAAUUCAUAAUGUGGGUUUUUGGAUAUGGGUCCUUAGUUUGGAAAGUAGAUUUUGAAUACGAAUACAAACUUGUAGGUUACAUAAAAGGUUACUUGAGAAGAUUCUAUCAGCAUAGUAUAGACCAUAGAGGAAUACCCGAGAAGCCUGGGAGAGUAGUAACAUUAGUACCAAGUGAGGAUCCAAACAGCACAGUGUGGGGUGUUGCAUAUAAAAUUAGAGCUCAAGAUAUUGAUAAUGUAACAAAACAUCUAGAUUUUAGAGAAAAAAAUGGAUAUUCUAAGAAAACUGUCACAUUCCAUCCAAAGGACAAGAAUGUUGAACCAUUUUUGUUAACUUUAUAUGUAGCAACCAAAGAAAAUGAAUCCUAUGCAGGUGCUGCUUCCAUAGAUGAAAUAGCAAAGCAAGUAAUAAAUUGCAUAGGACCGAGUGGAUCUAACAAGGAAUAUGUGUACAAUCUAGCAAAUGCAAUGAGAGAAAUAGCACCUGAUGUUGAAGAUGAACAUUUAUUUCACCUUGAAGCAGCUUUGCGAAAACUAGAUACAGAUUAUAAAUCAAUUUAGUUUAAUAUACAAAUUAUACACUAAA